GCUCGGUCUUAAUUCUGAUAUCUUGAACUUUGUGCAUGACGUGACUGUUUUGAACAAGUGGUUGAGUCAAGUCUAUGUUGGUUGGUGAACAGAAGGGAGACUCUUCCUUUGUUCGAUUUUACUACAUUCGAAUGUCAUCUGUGGUGGUUGUCUAGGUUAUCAUUGAGGUUGUCCAUGUGUUACUGAUCGAAAGCCAGUAUGAUCCACGUGUUUUGUGCCGAUAUGACAUGCCCUGUUUUGAGCUUACCUUGUGUCUGACUUUGUUUGCUUGGGGACAAGCAAACGGUUAAGUGUGGGGGAAUUUGAUAACAAUGUAAUUGCACAUAUUUGCGCCCCUAGUUCUUAUCCGUUUGAGGGGCAUAGUCGUGUAUUUUUUGCCUAUUUUACGCCGGGUUGUGCUAUUUUGUCAUAUUUCAGGUCCCAGGUGUCAAAGGAAAGGGUAAGCACGAGUUUCGGGGCAUUCGGAAGUCAUUUCGUCGAGCUGGAGCCAAAACACGGGCACACCUAAAACAGAACACGGCCGUGUUCUGUGGCCGUGCUUUUACUGCCGAGAGCUAAUUGAGUUUGGCAAAUUCAAGCUGCAAACACGGGCUGAAAGCACGGACGAGCACGGCCGUGUCCUCCCAAAAGCACGGCCGUGUUUCUCCCAACACAAUGGCCGUGUAAUCAACCCUAGCCAAAGCACGAGCGGGCUGAGGCAAAGCACGACCGUGCCCUCGACCGUGCUUUGGCCACUGAUGCCCUUUUAAGCAGAUUUCAGCCAAAACAGAAGGGGAUUCGAGUUUUGAGAGAGAUAGAGCGAUUCCUAGAGAGAGAAAGCGACGAACAAGAGUCUCCAAGUGCCCUAGCUUGAUCUUCAUCACCAUUGGAGGCCAGUUUGAGCUUGGAGAAGUGCCGAUCAACGUCCAGGAGCAGGAAUCCAUCCUUCACAGUAUGAAUUCCGCGUCUGAUUCUGCUUUUGCUUCUUUCUCCAUGGAGUAGUUCUCCCAUUCAUCUGGGUAUGGAGAACCCUAGAUUUGUAUGUUAGGUUUGAUUGUAUGAACCCAAGUACUGAUUCUAUGAGUUGAUUAUAUUCGAUUGAGGCUUGAUUGAUUGAAUGACUUGAAUCCUGAUCAAAUUCCUGUUGUUUCUGCUUUAACCUAGAAUGAGAAUAUCUGCCUAGGUUGAUAGAGCAUCCUUGAUUGAAGGUAGGGAGUUGGUGACUUUAGUCGAGGAACCAACUCACUAUUCUGUACCGGAUUCACUCCGGUAGUGGAGGCUUUGUUUGUUAAGGCCUCAAUCUGUUUACUCCGGUGGAGGUUAGUCGCCCGCUAGAGACUCAGAUUGAGAGGGUCUGAAGACCUUUAGUCGAGACUUCAGGCUGUUUAAGAACCUUCCGCAGUAUAACUAUCAUAGAAACUGAACUUGGUAAUUACAAUCCGGCUUAACUGCAGUCUAGGGGGAACCAUAUCAGGGUGACCUCUCUUAACCUGAAUACAACAGUUUACUUGCUUUGUUUGUUUGGUAGUUUAGACUUGCAUUAAAGUUUCAUUGCUAGAUAACAAGAAUUCACUGAGUAGUCAUCAAAUCUAGGACCCGGGUUGACAUUUAAACCUAAACCCGCUAUACUACGCUUUAGGAAGUGGUUUCACUUGGCCAAUUCCUGGAGUCACAGUAGAAGUGAGUCACAGUCCAUAUGAGGUGCUCUAUCACCGUCUACUGGAUUAUGCUUCUCUAUGAUUUUUGGAUGUGUCUGUUAUGUUCUGUUACCUCGGCGAGAGAGACAUAAACUUGCUCCCAAAGCUGUCAAGUGCAUUUUUGGGGGUUACAGUCACAAACACAAAUAGAAGGAUUCGUAUUUCUUGCCACGUGGCUUUCUUGGAACAUCUCUCAUAUUAUCCUACCAACAGUUCAGCUUCACGUGAAAACCCUAGCUUCUUCCAGCCUCAGCUUUUAUUUAUUAAGCCCCCAAACUCCCCUGCUAGUGAUUUUCCCUCUGAUUCUGGUCAAGGUUCCAUCUCCAUGGAUAUUGAUCAAUCCUUGUUGAUGGGCAGUGGGUCAUCAUCCUCGUCUCAGUCCAGCCCAAACUCUCCGCGCGCGUCGAGCUCAUCCUCAUCUGGCUCCUCCUUGUCGUUGGACUCCCCAGUCGUGUCGUCCUCCUUGGCCUCGGACGACUCAUCCUCGUCGAGCUCCUCAUCUCCGACGGCUUCCUCCCCAGCGUCCGCCAGCUUGCUCAUGGAGCCUCCACCUCUUCAUCGAUCUGACCGUGCCAUAAAAGGUCAACCGCCUCCUCGGCUGUCCAAUUUUGUGGCUUUCUCUUCCACUCCCAAUUCUGUUCCGACCACGUAUAAACAAGCUCGUGGCCACGAGCAAUGGCAGGCAGCCAUGGAUGUUGAGACUCAAGCACUGGAAGCAAACCAAAGCUGGGACGUAGUUCCUCGACCCAAGGAUCAUCCAGUUAUAGGGUCUAAAUGGGUUUAUUCAAUCAAGAUGUUUCCAAACGGUUCCAUAGAGCGCUUUAAGGCUCGGGUGGUUGCUCAGGGUUUUAGACAAGAGUUUGGUAUUGACUAUGGUGAGAUGUUUGCAGCUAUUGCUAAGAUGCAAACGGUCCGCACUCUGCUUGCUGUUGCGGCGAUGAAGGGAUGGGCAUUGAAGCAAUUGGAUGUCAAGAACGCUUUUCUCCAUGAGGAUUUGAAAGAACUAUUUAUAUGGAGUGUCCUUCGGGUUAUUCUAAAGGUGAUAAAUCUCAGGUCUGUCUCCUUCGUCGAUCUUUAUAUGGCCUGAAACAGGCACCUCGUGCAUGGUUUGAAUUUCUUGGUUUUUAGGAAUUAGUAGGGGGAAUGAGUAACGGGUAAAUGGGAGGAGUUUCUUCUUCUUUCAUCCUAUUUAUCUCGUUACUGCUUCUUCUAAUAAAAGAGAGGGGGGUUUUAGGGAAACGUUUGGGGUGGAAAGAUGGGGUUUAACAUGUGUGGGAUUAAGGAAUUAAAGGUAUGUUUAAUUUGGAUUUGGAAGUAACUAGUAGGGAGAGAGAAUUCUAGAGGGAGGGAUUAAUGGUGGGGAGAAAUAUCUUUUCCCUUUUUUUUAACAAUAAUAAUAAUAUAAUAAUUAAUAUUAUUAUUAAUCCUAAUCUCCGGUUGUCACCCUUUGUACGUAAUCGUCGAUUCAACCUUUCGGUCAAACCCAGACCUAAAUGUCGAAGUGUUACAUUUCCUCCCUCCUUAAAACAAUUUCGUCCCCGAAAUUGGAACUCUAUACUCGACAUUUGGACUAAAAUACCCUGCAAUUGAUAGCGGUUGUCUCGACUGAGAUAUCACAUUUCCCCCCUCCUUAAGAAAAAAUUUUGACCUCAAAAUUUGUUACUCGUGAUGCCUCAACCUUUCACCUGCGUUAAUCCUUCUACUACAGGGAUGUAUACUUCCUUUACUUUCACAACCCCCUUUAUCGAUGUUUCGUUUUAGCUUUUAUGCUCGAACUCGGUUCAGUAUCUCCUCGUCAUUCCUUAUCAAAAGUUCUACUUGCCUUCUCCGACAUUUAUUACAACUCCCCUCGAACGUCCUACCUUAUUGUCCAUCCUCGGCUGACUUGAUGACUUUUCUUGGCAGGUUUCGAGGUCCUAACUCUUAACCUACCUUGGUCCAAUGAUGCUCCUUGUGUCCUUUGAAUUUUUGACUCCCCAUGACUACUGUAACUCUUAUGGUCUCUCGAAUCCCUCCUCGUACUUUGACUUAGAUGGCUCCACCAUUAGCCCCACAUACUUAAACCUAGCUACCCUCUCCACGGUGCCCCUUAACUCCAAUUUUGACUAUUAUGGCAUGUACCACCACCUGGUGGCUUAUCUAAACUUGGGCAGUGGGGAACGCGAAACUCGUCACCAUCAGGCUCCAUGCCUAUCUUGCUACUACGGAACGUAUUUCCAUAUAGUAGGAAUCCCUUGCAUACCUUAUCCUCUAGCUUGCACUUAACAGCCACAUAGUGCUCUUGCUCCUUCCACAUUCUUUACAUCGCUAAUCUUGAUGGUUGACUCCUUCCUUUCAAGGACCUUCCGCCUAACAUCUUAAACUUAUCGUGGUGGCUCUUCAACACGAUUCUCAAGAGCAUAACUGUUGCUCAUUUUAAAAGUCUCAAGAGCAUAACUGCUGCUCUAUCUGAAAAUCUCAAAUGGCAACGGACUGGCGCUAGUGACUAAAAACACUUAAAACGA